UUUUUAAAAUGGUCUAUAUGAGAUAACAAACAAACACAUGGAUGGGUGUUGCUUUGCAUUGUUGAUACCAAUAUUGGCAACAAAGGAAUAUAUUCCUUUGACACAAUCUGCUGCAACCUCUUAAGCUCUGUUUCAUUAUCUCCUUCCUUAUAUUUUUCUUGUUUGACCUUAUUAAUGCGUCAAGAACAAUGGAACAAGAUUGUGGUGCUUUUGCAGCAGACUGUGUUGUCCUCUGUUGCUGCUGCUGCGAAUGCUUUAUGCUACAAGUCUUUAUCUUUGUCUUCUUCAAGAUUCCUCGUAAACUUGCUCUCAAGAUGAAGAAGUUUGUCACCAGAAGAAAGAAGAGAAGAGACGUGGAAACCUUCCUACCUACAAAGGAGGAGGAGGACUGCAGAGGAGAGGAAGAGUAUUUGUCUGGUGAUGUGUCCAGAGUUAGUUGCAUGGAUGACAUCGAGGAGAUGCUGCAGGAGCUUUCCAUGGAGGGAGAGUUUAUGUUUGGGAGUUUCUGGCGACAAGGAGACUCUACAAACGAUUUGGAUUUCAGAAACUCACAAUACCAAGUAGCUGAAAACAAUGAUCAUAUUCCUUUGUCAUUGCUCAUCAGUCAUCACACAAGAUGACUUAUUGGAUUCAAGCAUCCAAUUAACAAAGCGUUAACAGGACCGAACCAAAGAG